AGCGAGGACGUACAAAGUUUGUCCGCUCCGGGGCACCGUAGUGGCCUCUACCCUGGCCGGCUGGCUGCGUUCGGCUGGGCCGGGCCAGGCGGCUGGAGCCGGGCUCAGCCCGCAGGGAGACCCUGAUGGCCGCGGUGUUUCUGGUGACGCUUUAUGAGUACUCGCCGCUUUUCUACAUUGCGGUGGUCUUUACCUGCUUCGUCGUGACCACAGGCCUGGUCCUGGGAUGGUUUGGCUGGGAUGUUCCAGUAAUUCUGAGAAAUUCAGAAGAGACCCAGUUCAGCUCAAGAGUGUUCAAAAAGCAAAUGAGACAAGUCAAGAAUCCUUUCGGCUUAGAGAUCACCAAUCCAUCCUCAGCUUCAAUCACGGCUGGCGUAACCUUGGCCACAGACUGCCUUGAAGACAGCCUCCUCACCUGCUACUGGGGCUGCAGCGUUCAGAAGCUUUAUGAGGCUCUGCAGCAGCACGCUCACUGCUUCAGGAUAGGCAGUCCCCGUGCGCUGGAGGACGCUCUGUACAGGGAGUACCUGCACCAGGAGCAGCACUUUAUUAAGAAGGAUAGCAAGGAAGAAAUAUAUUGCCAAUUACCAAGAGACACCAAAAUUGAAGAUUUUGGUACAGUGCCCAGAUCUCGCUAUCCCCUGGUGGUACUAUUGACCUUAGCUGACGAGGAUGACCGAGAAACAUAUGAUAUUAUUUCCAUGGUGUCCGUAAUCCACAUUCCUGAUAAGACUUAUAAACUUCCCUGCAGAAUAUUGUAUCAAUAUUUGCUCUUAGCUCAAGGCCAAUUUCAUGAUCUCAAGCAGCUUUUCAUGUCUGCAAAUAACAAUUCCACUCCUUCCAGCAAUUCUUCUCCAGAAGAAAAAAACACAGACAGAAAUUUGUUGGAAAAGGCAGGACUGUCUGAAGGUGAAGUGGAGCCGCCUGAAGAGAACGGCAGGGACUGUGUUGUCUGCCAGAACGGGGCGGUGAACUGGGUGCUCCUGCCCUGCAGACACGCCUGCCUGUGUGACGGCUGCGCCGGCUGCUUCCAGCAGUGCCCCAUGUGCAGGCAGUUCGUUCAGGAAUCUUUUGCACUUUGCAGUCAAAAAGAGCAAGACACAGACAAACUGAAAACUCCGUGAGGACGUUGAGAAGUACACUUUCUACUAAAGAUGCAGGAGUUUAUAUUCUUAGGAUUAAUCACAACGUGGACUCUACAGUCUUGACCAUCAGCAGAAAUUCUACUUUAACUUCGUAUUUGUACAGUACAUGGAUGAUGACAAUGAAUUAUUCCUUUCUGCUUAGUAUGGCAAGUCCUGGAACACCAUCUGUGUUAAUACAUAAAGAUUUACUCCGCUCUGGAGAAGAAUAUAAAUGUUUGGCCUUUUAUCAGCUAGGAGAUUUCUUAUAAUGUUGACUAGAAAAAUCAUUCUGAAAGGCAAUCCAUCUAAACUCGAGGAGCUGAAAGUCUCACAAUUAUGAAGUGUUUUCCCUUGGGUGUAAUCGGGUGUGCAGCUGGGAAAAAACUUAAUUCUUCUUAAAGUAAUUUUAUGUUUCCCAGUUCACAAAAGAAUUGGAAAGGGUGUCUUUAAAGUCCCUUCCUGAAAUAUCAGUUUUUAUAAAUAGCCAUCUGUUCGGUUUCCAAUUUCCUGUUACCAUCAUAGUUAUAUAAAUACAAGUCUUAAUUUUAAAUAUAGCUUCUUAAGUCAUAAAUACAAGACACAUUCUUGACUGCUCUCAGUGCAUCGUAAAUUAAAAUACUCAUCUGUAGGAGGCAAGUGUAUAAAACUUGAACAAUAACAUGUUUAAUAAUUCAUCAGCCAUCAGAUGUGAUUGGGCUAGAGGAGCUCUUAAUGCCUCACCUUAGAUUUCCUGCUGCACAGUUGAUCUGUCUAAAACUAGAGGGGUUUUGGAACUAGAAAAAUCACUAAAAGAAAUAACUAUUUUUUCUAGUGUAUUUUUAUUCCAAAUAAACCCAGUGUCCUUCUGAAUAAUGAAUUUCUUUGUUCAAUCACUCUUACAUACAUGUAAGAACUGAGGAACUUGAUAGGCAGAAAGGCCCAACCCCUACCCUUUCCAAGAUCACUGGGAAGAAAACAGUAAAUCAGAGCCUCCCAGGUCAGCAGUGAAAAUGACCUUCAACUCCCCGAGCAAGCAGAUCAUGCCAAAUAAACCGUGACCUACAGGA